UGACGCCAUCAUGUCAUGUCUCCUCCUCCCCCAUGCCCCAGAGUCUCCUCCCCGCCGGCCUAUAUAUGCAGAGGGAACUCAGCUCUUUCCCCCAUUAUCGACCAGCACCCUCAUCUAUAUCCAUCAACAUCGAUCCAUCCAUCCAUCAUGGCGGCGGAGCAGCAGCAUCAGCUGGAUCUGCCGGGGUUCCGGUUCCACCCGACGGAGGAGGAGCUGCUGGAGUUCUACCUGAAGCAGGCGGCGCGCGGGAGGAAGCUCAAGUUCGACAUCAUCCCCACGGUGCACCUGUACCGGCACGACCCCUGGGAGCUGCCGAGCCUGGCGCGCGUCGUUGGCGAGCGCGAGUGGUACUUCUUCGUGCCCCGCGACGGCGGCGGGCGGGCGGCCAAGCAGCAGCCCGGCUCCGGCGGCCGGCCUAGCCGCACCACGGAGCGCGGGUUCUGGAAGGCCACGGGGUCGGACCGCGCCGUGCGGUGCGCCGCCGACCCCAAGCGCCUCAUCGGGCUCAAGAAGACGCUCGUCUACUACGAGGGCCGCGCGCCGCGGGGCACCAAGACGGACUGGGUCAUGAACGAGUACCGCCUCCCCGACGCUGCCGACGCUAGCAGCGACGCGCGCGUGCCGCAGGUGGACGUGGUGCUGUGCAAGGUCUACCGCAAGGCCGUGUCGCUCAAGGAGCUGGAGCAGCGGGUGGCCAUGGAGGAGCUCGCGCGCGCCACCGCCACGCCGUCCGCGUCCCACAGCACCGGCUCCCCCGCCGACUCCAUGUCGUCGUCGGAGAUCGUGAUGGUGCCCGUGGGCGGCGUCUCGCUCUCACCGUCAGCUGCGAUGAGCAUGAAGAGAGAGGAGGCGGCGAAGAAUCAGCAGCAGCAGGACCCCUUCCUGACGCAGCUGCGGAGCCCACGGAUGGAGAGCUGGUGGUCUGCCUACUACGCCAGCGUCCUCAACUUCUAACCAAAAUCCACACAAUCCAACAGCUUUAUAUGUAAAGCGAAGGCCCACGCUCACAGUCGUCGGCCCAACUGAUGCCCGUGCGCCGCGCGCUGGGCCGCACGGCCCAAGAGCUACCAAGCGCGGGCACGCACCGCGGCAGCCCAAGGAUCUCUCCACCUUAUCUCCCUGCUCGGGACUCGGGACCUUUACCUAUCUUCUUCGUUCUUCCAUGGGAGCGAGCUAGAGAGAGGGCGCCAUGGAUCAGCAGCUUCUCGUGGAUGACUCCAAUCAUAUUAACGAUAUACUAACUUAUAAUGUGCCGAUCGUUGAACACCGUUUAUUUUGAUUUGAUUU